UCUAACGUGGUCCGAAGCACUGGUUGAGCUCAUCAGCUCUCGGCUCAGAGGGUUUCAGCAGCCUGGGGUUCAGGUCACCCUCUCCCUCUCCUUGCCCAGAGGCUGCAGGAGGGAUGACUCUGCAGGGCGACAGGGGCGGUUCAGUAGGUGGCAAGGUGCUGGUCUCGGGCACACUCUUGGUCACCCUGUUGAACUGUGGCGGACUGGUCUACCUCUUCCUACAGUCCGGCAACCUCAGGUCGCAGAUGGACGCGUUGGAGAAUCGCUUGGAGGAACUGUCCGGGACCUGGUCCCUGGAGCUUAUCUCGAGUCUAACCCAGGACGCCCGUGAACUGGCUGAGCAGAAGAACCGGAAUAGGCGAAGCCAACACAACUCUGGGACCCAGGGAGCAGCCGAGGACAGCAUCAUGAUGAUGACUUAUUCAAUGAUCCCAGUUCGAAUCUUAGUGGACUUGUGCAACAGCACAAAGGGGAUAUGCUUGACAGGGCCACCGGGACCAGUUGGAUCUCCAGGUCCCCCUGGUUUGGAUGGUCCACCUGGAUUGAAUGGUUCAGAUGGACUCAUUGGACUUCCUGGACCACCUGGGAAGGAAGGCAAGCGAGCUCGGAAAGCCUCCCCUGGACCGAGAGGGGAGCAGGGAGAGGCAGGACCCAAGGGUGACACAGGAGAGCCCGGCCCACCUGGGUCAGAUGGGUUACCCGGUCCUAUGGGUGUUCCUGGACCAAAAGGCGAGAAAGGAGAACCUCAUAAUGAGAUCAUCUUAGAAGGUCAGAGAGGUCCCACCGGCCCGCCUGGACAACCAGGGUCUCCGGGCCCAGCUGGACCCCCUGGUCCUCCAGGUUCCAGAGGGAAGUCCCGAAAACAGCAGAACCUGGUCAGCCACGGUAAAGCCCAUGCUGAACCGAACGAUGAUACUUUAAUCAGAAGAACAUCUGCGCAGAAAAUACAGAGCUCGUUUACAAAGAAAGCUGGACGUGUCAUCAAAUCAGUGGAUGACCCUAACAAUGUGACAAAGAUAGAAAACACAUUUGGAGCAUGGAUGAAAGACCACGCGAUGAAACACAGUGAACAGAUUUGGAUUGUUGAGCACUUCUCAGGACUGACAAUAAAGGAGUAUGAAAAUUUAGAAGCACUCAAGAAUGGAAGUAACUUCAAAACAAUAACAUUGCCAUACUUCUUCCAUGGCUGUGGACAUGCGGUGUACAACGGCUCCAUUUAUUAUCACAAAGGAGGAUCAGAUAAUAUUAUAAAAUUUCCUCUGGAUGGGAAACAGGUCCAGCGUAUGAAAAUGGACAAUGCUUUGCACAACAAUCGCAACUAUCUCUUUCAAAACGCAAAGACUUAUUUUGAUUUAUCUGCAGACAAAAGUGGGCUUUGGAUAAUCUAUGCUUCUAGUCACGACGAAAACAUUGUGGUUGGCCAGAUUGAGAGCGAUGAAAAAUCAUUUGCCAUAAUUCAGAAUAUUAACACCACUUACCCCAAAUCAAAGGCAGGAAAUGCAUUCAUUGCACGUAGCAUUCUCUACCUCACAGACACCACCGACUCCAAAGUAGUUUUUGCAUUUGAUUUGUUGAAAGAAAAGCAACUUGAUGUAAAUUUUGAUUUAAGAUCAUCAAAUGAUAUGCUUACAAUGAUAUCAUACAAUCCACAUGAUCAUCAAGUGCAUACAUGGGAAAAUGGCUACUUAAGAACGUAUGGUCUACAGUUUUUACCAGCUGAAUAAAUGCAGGUGAUUGCAAUAAUUUGUGCACGUGUUAACUGGCGUAGCUACUAAGGAGAUUUUCACAAGGUAAAUAAUUUCCCCUAAUGCCAUAAUAAUACAAUGUUUAAAUAUUUUUGACAUUUGCACAAAAUAUCUAACAUUUUUAAUAUUUCAGCACCAUGUACAAAUUGUUAAUUGUCACUUUUACACCUUUUAAUGUUCUAUAAUUCAACAUUAUGUGAUUAAUGCUGUUUAUAUCAGUGGUUAAUAAAAUGUUCAAUGGAUCAAC